AAGGGGAGGUACCCCUUCCUCAGCGCUCUCUCCAGCUGCUGGCUGCCUCCGCCCGCGCCCGCAGUUUGACAGCUCGUGGGUGCGGGCGGCCGGGGGCGGGCCCGGGGCCCCCUAGGUGCCUAGGCGCGGACGGCGGCGCUGUACGGCGUGCCAGCAGCGCCCCCGGCUCUCGUCCUCCCGUGAGUCCUGCCCAAUCGCGGGCUCGGCCGCCGCCGCCGCCGCCGCCGCCGCCGCCGCCUCAGGUCCCGGGGGGCAGGAGCAGCCUGUGCCGCUGUCCUGGGAACCUGCCGCGGCUGCGCUGACGGCGCGCCCUGCUAAUGGCUGAGCCACGGGGCUGCUCAGUGUGGCCAUAGCGGACUGACUGACGGACUGAGCCAGCGACGUGCCCGGAGCUCCGGCGCCCAGAACCUGGCCAGAGCCAACUGCCUCCUCCUCCUCCUCGCGCGCUGUGCCCAGCCCAGGCCAGGCCAGGCCAGGCCAGCCUUGGCCGCGGCUGCCUCUCUUCCACCUCUGCUCACUUCGCCUCGCCUCGGAUCGCCAUGGUGUCCUGGAUCAUCUCCAGGCUGGUGGUGCUCCUGUUUGGCACCCUUUAUCCUGCGUAUUAUUCUUACAAGGCAGUAAAGUCAAAGGACAUUAAGGAAUAUGUAAAAUGGAUGAUGUACUGGAUUAUAUUUGCACUUUUUACAACAGCAGAGACAUUCACGGAUAUCUUUCUUUGCUGGUUCCCCUUCUAUUAUGAACUCAAAAUAGCCUUCGUGGCCUGGUUGCUGUCUCCUUACACAAAGGGCUCCAGCCUCCUCUACAGGAAGUUUGUGCAUCCUACGCUGUCUUCAAAAGAAAAGGAAAUUGAUGAUUGCCUGGUCCAAGCCAAAGACCGGAGCUAUGAUGCCCUCGUGCACUUUGGGAAGCGAGGGCUGAACGUUGCGGCCACCGCCGCUGUGAUGGCUGCUUCCAAGGUUGCCCGGCUCUUUGAUUUUGUCUCAUAUUUGGACCCCAGAGAAGGGCAGGGACAAGGUGCCUUAUCGGAGAGGCUCAGAAGCUUCAGCAUGCAAGACCUCACUACCAUCCGUGGUGACGGGGCCCCUGUCCCCUCUGGCCCACCUCCCUCAGCCACUGUGCGGACCAGCGGCAAACACAGUCAACCCAAGAUGUCCAGAAGCGCGUCUGAGAGUGCUGGAAGUUCAGUGUGUACUUGCUGCUCCUCAUGCAGGACCUGGAAAGUGGUUGAGGGAGAUGUGAGUGAGGGGGGUGUGAAGUUAUGGAAGCCCCAGCGAGACAAGAACCCGUUGGCAUUUUCCGAUGAGGAAGAGGAAGACCUGUUGGAUUACAUGUACAAGUUCAAAGCACCCCGGAAGACGGAAAGACCCCUGGAGGCACCGCCUAGGACCCUUCGUUCUCGCUUCAGGAAGAAAUGUACCUCAUCCCCUGCCACUGAAACCAUGUGAGUGAGACGAGCCAACAGCACCGGGAUCCACAGAACGCCUCUUCUCUGCCUUAAAGAGCUAUUUACUUAAUAACCUAGAAAUCUGGGAGCUGGGUGUGCUUUGAGUGGGCAGCAUUGUACUCAUGGCCUUCUCUCUCUCCUCUUCCUCUUUUUUUUUUUAAAGUAAUUUUCCCAGAGGAAGGAGCUAUGGGGUGGGAUAGCAGGGGUGGCCUUUAAGUCCCCUGAAGCUGGUAGUUUCCACAGCUCAAUUGUCAUCAACUUGACCGAAGAACAUCAUUGGGGAAAUCACCUCUGCUGUCAGAUACAGAAAUGUUUGGGGUGUAAGUUUGUAAUGUAUCCGUUGUUUACCUAGUUUUUAAUCUCCAUAAAUGCAAACGAUAGCAAUUAAAAAUAUCUCCUCUCCUUGAUAAGAAUACUUUGGAUCAUCAUGUAUUUUAUAUUUUAUGAUAUUUUUUUGGUUAAAAUAAACAGGCUUGCAGGGGCCAUCAUAGUUCUUUAAAGAGACUGAAUAAAAAAAGGAGGGCGGGGUUGGUUUGUUCUUUUUUUAAAGCAACAAACCCAUUGAAAUUUUUGUUCCCAUACAGAAUUUGUAAAAGCUUCCAGGUAACCCAAGUGGGAAUCUGGCAAGUAUUUCACUACAUGAGUAAGGACAGAAAAAAAUAGAGAGAUGGAAUGAGAGAUCUGGUGAUCACCCCUCUCUGCCAAGUUUUUCUUUUCCAUUCCCAGUGAGCCGAGAUGUAAGAGAGAGCUGAACACCAGGCAAUUAAGGGUUUAAGGAGACCUGGUCUAUGCAUUGAAUUCAGAGCCAGGAACCCUUGUAUCUUGGUUGGGACCUUGACAUUUCUGCUUGAUGUAACCAUAGGCAGGACCCUUAACCCUGCAAAGCUUCCUGGGGAUGCACCUGCCUCUCAGGGAUGUAAGAUUGCCUCAUGCACAGAACAAGCUUAGUGGAUGAAAAGAUCCAGGUCAUGAUUCCCCAUCAUCUUCCCUACAGCUAGCCAUGCUGAAACCAUCCUCACCAGACAGAGAUGGGAGGGGUGGGGGAAGGCAAUUGUCAGUGUGAAACUUGGGCCACAAGAGCUCACGAAAUCAGUGUCAUGUGAAAAGAGGUGCUUGAAUCCUCUUUUUGACUUUUAAGAGAGGUUUUCCAAUACAUCCUAGACACACUUUUGCUUAUCUGUGAAGAUGAGAACCAGAAAGACUUGGGGAAGAGUUCUGGUGGCAAAACUUCCUCCUAGAAAACACGAUUACAUCCGGCUUUCCACUGAAUUCUAAGGGUUGCUCUUCUCUGCCCAUGGUGGCUUGUAAGAGAUGCUUCUUAUGAACUCGCCCCAUGGGAUAAGAGUGAAGUCCAGACUCACUGUAUAGAAUUAAGAGCAUCAUCUUUUUUUCCAACAAAAGAGGAAAACUUGGGUUAACUUUCAUUUUAGUAAGUGUUAGGGUAGUGUGUUUUCAUCCCUAGAAUAGGGAAGAAGAGGGAGAAGCUGUAGGUCUUGAGUAUUUGUGCUUUGGAGAUGUAAAUGUAUUCUGCAUGCAGUGUUCACAAAUCAAUUAAUCAAUCACUUAGCUCUGAUGAUUGUGUUGGCCCUUAAAUUGUCUCGUAGGCUAGGAAACAAGUGUAUGUACCACAUAAGACUUGUUGUCAACUGAAAUAUAUAACCAGGCUCUAUUCAAGAUUGUUCCACUGUUAACCUAGUUAAGCUGCAGCAGGGGGUCUAGGCAGAUGGUCAAUUGGCUGGAUUUUAGCAGGAUCAGAAAUGUUUGUCAUUGAAGUUGGCUUGCCAGUGUCUGACCCCUGGCUCCAUUAUUUUAUAGAAUCCUAAAAAAAAAAAUUUAAAAAGCACUUCCAAAUGAGUUAAGAGAAAACCCUGAGCACUACUGGUUUUCUAAAGAAGAACAAUGAGUAUUUUCCCUUGCCACAAUACUUCCACAUCUUACUGGAAAGGAACAUGAUUUCCCUCAAAUGUACCAAGCAAGUUAUCAAUAGAAACUCUUAAUGCUUUAGAAAGACAUUUACCUUUUAGGUAGCAACUAGGAAAUAUUCAGAAGUAUUGAAUGUGCCCAGAAAAAAAAAAAAAAAAACUUUGAGGGGCCCAGCUUGCAUGCUUAAGUUAUGCAGGGUUUUUUUUUUCUUUUGCAAAAAAACAAAAAACAAACAAAAAAAAUUUAGCAGAAAUUAAAAUCCUAUUGUGAGCAAGCUUUUUUUCCUCACUAUUAUGCAACAGGAAAUUUUGACAAGUAGAAGCUGACAAAUUUGCACUCAAUUAUGCCAAAAAAAAAAGUUUGAAGAACUCUCUUAUAUGCUGUAUUACUAUUCAUUCUAGUAAAAAAAAUAAUAAAAGGUGUCCAAGCUGCUGUCUUAAUGUAAACUUGACGAUUUCAAAUUUCCUUCAAGUGUUAAUAUGGGAGUUGGUUUCUCUCUCAGACAUUCACUGUACAACUGAGAAGUUUUCCUAUCUCUGGCAAAAUGUGUAUUUAUCCAAUAAGCUGUAUAUUUGUGUAUAGACUGACAUGAAAUGUGAAUGCCUCCAAAUGUACACUUAGAGAUGUGCUCUGUCAAUGAGAUAAUACAGUGUUUUUAAUUUGCUGAAUUACAGACAGGUUGUUUACAAAAUACUAGCUCAAAGGUCUGUAACGAUUAUGUAUUGACUUAUAUUUUUUCAUCGCCCUUGGGCUCAUGUAUUUGGUCGGGGUUGGGGGUGGGUGGGGAGAGGGCAGUGGUCUAAUCCUUAUAAAAUUGGAGAGGUAGUCCAGUACGGCUCCGUCCUGGCUUCUGCUGGUCUUUGAAAUGUGUUUUUUACACUGUAAAGUGUCCUUGUCCUUGUGAUAGAAUGCUGGUCAACCACAACUGUGGUUUCUAUCUUUCGGGUACCCACUGCUCUGUACCUAGCACAGUAUUUGAAAUGGUAAAGGACACUCGCUAGUCAUACUCUCACAAUUCACCCUUGGAGAAACAGCUGAUAAAUUAAGGAUCGUAACUGUGCAUAUUUAUGAUAGUUGACUUCUUGUAACCAGUGUAGACAAAUCUGUCAUAGAAUAGUAGUAGACCAAACAACACCCAGGAGUGACGUCCAUGACAGUAUUCCAAAGGUCAAAGUUCUGCUGUUUUGUUCUUCGUCUUGCUUGAUAUAUUCAUCUUGAAUAAAGUCUUAACCUUUUCUUUAAAAAA